UUUGUCCUUAGUACUCCUCUGGUUACUCCUCAGCCUCAAAGUACACUCACAUACACACACACCAACUGCUUGGGAUUUUGCUCCAAAGAAAAGAAAAAAAAAAUGGCUGCAGAAAUGGCCCUUGUGAAACCAAUCUCCAAGUUUAGCAACACCACACCCAAAUUUGGCACCAGAAGAAUUGGUUCAUACUCCAAAUUCAGCACCAUAAGAAUGUCCACAACAACACCAACACCAACACCUCCAGCUGCAUCAACCUCAACAAAGCCAAGCAAGAAGGGUAAAACUGCCAUAAAGGAGACACUGUUGACACCAAGAUUCUACACAACAGACUUUGAUGAGAUGGAGAUGCUGUUCAACACUGAGAUAAACAAGAAUCUGAACCAGGAUGAGUUUGUGGCACUGCUGCAGGAGUUCAAGACUGAUUACAACCAGACACACUUUGUGAGGAACAAGGAGUUCAAAGAGGCUGCUGACAAGAUUGACGGUCCACUCAGACAGAUCUUUGUUGAGUUCCUUGAGAGGUCUUGCACUGCUGAAUUCUCUGGUUUCCUCCUUUACAAGGAGCUUGGAAGGAGGCUCAAGAAAACCAAUCCUGUCGUGGCUGAGAUUUUCUCUCUGAUGUCUAGGGAUGAAGCCAGACAUGCUGGAUUUCUGAACAAGGGUUUAUCUGACUUCAAUUUGGCUUUGGACUUGGGCUUCCUUACAAAAGCUAGAAAGUACACAUUCUUCAAGCCAAAGUUUAUCUUCUAUGCUACAUAUCUGUCUGAGAAAAUCGGAUACUGGAGAUACAUAACCAUAUACAGACAUCUCAAGGAGAAUCCUGAAUACCAAUGUUAUCCCAUUUUCAAGUACUUUGAGAACUGGUGCCAGGAUGAGAACAGACAUGGAGACUUCUUCUCUGCUUUGAUGAAAGCACAGCCACAGUUUUUGAAUGACUGGAAGGCAAAACUAUGGGCUCGAUUCUUCUGUCUAUCGGUUUAUGUCACGAUGUAUCUCAAUGAUUGUCAACGCACAGCUUUCUAUGAAGGCAUUGGACUCGACACAAAAGAAUUUGACAUGCAUGUCAUCAUUGAGACCAACCGCACGACAGCUCGGAUUUUCCCAGCUGUUCUUGAUGUUGAGAACCCGGAGUUCAAGCGGAAAUUGGACCGGAUGGUUGAGAUAAACGAGAAGCUUCUAGCUGUUGGUGAGAGUGAUGACAUUCCGGUGGUGAAGAACUUGAAAAGGAUUCCACUUGUUGCCGCCCUGGUGUCUGAACUCUUGGCAGCAUAUCUAAUGCCACCCAUUGAGUCAGGAUCUGUAGAUUUGGCAGAGUUUGAACCACAGCUUGUGUACUGAAGUUAUGCAUAAAAUUCCAUUAUUUACUCUUGAUCUCCAUCAUAAUGUUCAUUAUGGGUUCUAUUAGUAUUGCUGCCAAAAGUUGGUUGUACUAGACAGUGAGGAAACAUUUACAAUAUUGACUUAUUGAGGUCCCUUUCUAGUUAUAA